AUGGUGUGGGGAUACACCACUCUAUACUCCAGAACCCCCCGCUCCUUCCUCUUCGCCGUUGUUGCCAAUGUUGGCCCCGGUGGCGCCAGCCGCCCCCUGGCCGUGGCCUACCGCCAGGGCUGCGACCGCACCACGGCACUAUGGCCUCCGGAGCGCGUACACCGUUUGGUAGCAGACACUCUCGCGCUAAUCGAAAUCCUCUCGGAUCCCGCAAACCGCGCGCCGCUUGAGGCGGAGAGAGCACUCGCGAAGGACUGGUAUCGUCGGUCUAAGGGGGGCAACGAGGCUCAUAUUAAUGAGCGGCCCAACGUUCCAGACUCGCCGCAGCCUCCUUUCGUCGUGCCUGACGGCCGCCAUAAGAAGCAGGUGCCACCACGGCCCCAGUUGCCGUGGCAUGAUGACACGCUUAGCGAGUUCCCCUUUAUAACGACGUGCCUUCUGCUAGGCUUGUUGCGCGACGAUAGCGAUGCCAUUAAUAGCAACAGCGCGCGCCCCGGCGACGUCCAGCUCCAACCGCUAUCCACUAUGUUUCGCGGCGACUGCACCGAGUACGGCCUUAUCGUUAUCGACAUAUCCGACCUCGAUAGCGGCGUGAAGUAUGGUAUUGUUGCGUUCCGUAUGCACUAUAUGGCCGAGGUUCGGUACCGAGCGAGGUCGAUGGGCUGGGAUCCCGUCGAAGACGAGCCGCCUUUAAAGGAGCCUGACGUUGUACUCGAGAGCUCGCGGCCUCGAGUGCCGCUAUCUAUUCAUCAGUGGCUACGCAAGUACCACAUCUACGAGAACGUGAAAGAGGACCCUAGCAUCCUCAGACUAAAGGAUAGGCCGCUUGUUGAUGAUGCAGCCUUAGACUACUUUCGCCCAUCAAUGCAAACCACCCGCACUGAGGAUGCAUCGACUACAACAACUGCCCCGCGCUGGACCACGUCACAAGAGCCUUUGCAGAAUGCGCAUAUCGACUGUGCUAUUGAUGAUUUGCUUCUGCUCACCCAGGAGCCCACCGAACCCCCCUUCGAGAAAACGGUAAGCGACAACCUCCAAAAGCUCGCCGAGUACCGCGAGCAGCUGCGGCUGCGGCUCGAAGAGGUGCCAGACACCUUAGGUCCAUCCGAGAUCUCGAGCUACAUUUUGCGUGUUGCGUACGCCGGACGCAGUCACCUCAACUGGGUCGCGUUUCAGAACCUUGCGCCCAGCGUGAUCGCUGCCGCCAUUGCAUCUGAUGAACUUCGGGACGCGUCUGCGCUCAGCCUUUGCGUCGAUCAGUUUGGGCUGGAGGGAGACGAGGAAGAGGGAGACCUCGGUGAUCUCGCAACGGUCCUUGCGCAGACCACGGCCCUCAAACAGCUAUGUUUUUUGCAGCGACCGGACCGGGAUAGUGACGACGCCUCCGCUCGUUUCUGCUCCCAGCUGCUGCUGCUGUGGGGGAGGGCAUCAGGAGGAGACCUGGAGUGGCUCCGCACCAAAACUAUUUAUCCGACCUCCGCCUUUUCAACAUCCUUGCGCAGCCGCGGAUUCCUAACAUCGUCCUUGACUAUCAGUCACAGCUUCACUUCCCCCGACGCCCUAGUCUUUCCCGUUGUACACAUGUUCACGCUUGUAAAUCACCAGCGCGAAGAUGGCCCAGACGUAGCCGCAGACCACCACGUCCAGCAAUACCAGAAUAGUUCUAGUUAUAGUUACAGUUACAGUGAUUACUACGCCAUGGACAAUACCCUGCUAGACGCUGAGAGCUUCGCCGUCCGGUUCCUGGCAUAUCUUCGGUCCUUGGGUUCGGGUUCGGGUUCCGAGAAAGCUAUCUUGCGAUUCGCACACAAGGGGGCGUCCUCGUCACUCACCACCACCACCACCACCGUUGAAGAUGGCGACCACUCACCGCCGUCAUGGUCAUCGCCAGGUCAAUUCGGUGUGAGCCCCAUCCCCGCCGGACUUUUCGAUCACGAGCUCCCGCCCAACGACCCGUCAAAAGUCAGACCCAGAGAUAUACAUCCCGGCAGCUGGGUGGUUCUUGUGGAUCUUGUGGACUCUUCGGAACAGAACUCUGAUCAUAUUCAGACGGUGGCGGAGAUGCCACCUUUACCUCCACCUCCACCUAAGUGCCACGCUGGCCUCCCGCUGACUGAUCUAUCUAACCUUAGGCAGCCCUCUGCCAAUAUGGACCGACGAGGCCGCAGUUGCAGUUCAAGCGACGACGACGGUGCCUUCUUACAAUACUCUUUUGUCAAGAUUUGUCAAACCUCUGCCGAGAUUGCACCCGAGCAACAACAACAAAGACCCGUCUCCGUCCCUAAUCUCGUCGAGGUGGUCGGCGGGCUAACAAACUUCCUGCGCGAAACCGCACCGGGCAGUGAUGUUUCCACGUGGGAGGAACAGACCGAGGAGGUAGAGAGGGACCUUCGCACGCGGCGAGCUUCCAUUGGAACGGGGAAACGCUGCAUCGACAUCCGCGUCAUGGCUAAGAGCAGGGCCCACACUUUGCUUAACCAGUUACUGUGA